CUGAUAUGACAAACACUACUCAAUUUUUGUUCUGGCAAUUGUAGUUGUGUAAAAAAAAAACAUGGCGUUUUCUUUGAGCUCAAUUUCUGAGCUUUUCACGCAGGAAACUUUAAGAGUGGUGGUGGAAAAGGCCUUGGCCCUGAAGGGCACUCCUGACCUCAAAAUAAAAAGCUACUCGGUCGAAGCGGGCGCUGGAAAAGGCGACGGUUACAUUGGCAUCAUCUACCGCAUCAAGGUAGUACUUUCGGACGGUUCCCUUCUUCCCAUGAUUGGAAAGGGCCUUCCGCCCAAUAUGGUCCGCCGGAAGACCUUCCGUUGCGAGUCCUAUUUCAGUAAGGAGGUGCUGUUUUACAAUCAGUUGGCGCCGAUGCUGCGAAACUUUGAGCUGGAGCGGCGUGGCGCUGAAAAAGUCACUUCCGACUCUUUCCUGCCCAUCCCUGAGUGUUUCCACGCCUUCAGCGACGGCCAGAACGACUUUUUGGUCAUCCAGGACCUGACCGAGUUGGGCUACGGCAUGACCGACCGCAAAGCAGGUUUGACCUUAGGCCAGACGAACGCCAUCCUUCACUCUCUGGCUCGAUAUCACGCCCUUUCCUACGGCCUGCAGGCGCUUUACCCUGAGGAAUUUCUUCAGGUCGCCAAAGGAAUCGCAGAGCCGUGGUUCGCACCCCAAUAUUCCACCAUCUACGCAAGGUACAUGUUUAAAAUUUAUAACGUUUGGCUUCGUGCGGUCCAGGACGAAUUGGAAGGAACAGACGUUUUGGAAAAGUUGAAGGCUUUCGGCAAAAACGAGCACGUUCUUUUUGAAAAAAUUUGCAAUUCGGUUCAAGCCCUGACGCCGUCUGUCAUCAACCACGGCGACGCUUGGUCCACGAAUUUCUUAUUCAGCGGAGAUAAACCCAUGAUGAUCGACUUCCAAAUGGCCAGGUACUGCUCACCUAUGGCGGACCUUUCAACUUUCAUCUUUGCAUGCACCACGGAGGAGCAAAGAAACUCAGCUGGCGGCAUGGAUGAGAUUUUGGACAAUUACUAUGAGGUCUUGUGUGACUCAGUAAAUAAAUUGGGCGUUGCAAAAUGCCCCCUGACGAGAGAGCAGUUACAGGAGCACUGGCGAGUGAACGGACUAAACGGGUUCGCUGCUGCACUCGAACUGGUGCCCUUUUCCAUGGUCGAGUCUGAGGACGUGCAGGACAUUGACAGAAUGGAGGGCGAAGAGCCCGUCGAUCUAGUAGAGCUGACGCAGUUCAAGGAUAUCACAGAUCCAGCAGGAAAGAAAAGACUGGUUGAUCUAACGCGAUUGGCAGCUCACUAUGACAUACGAAACAUGGCGCUGUCUCUGAAAACCAUUUCCCAGUCCUUCACCGAAGAAAUUUUACAGGUGGCCGUGGACAAGGCCCUCAGUUUAAAAGGACGCACCGGACUUGGCAUUAAAAGUCAUUACGUUGAGCCAGGAGCGGAAAAGGGCGAUGGCUACAUGGGAAUCAUUUACCGGAUCAGGGUGCAGCUGUCGGACGAAUCCGAACUGACCCUGAUAGCCAAAGGUCUCCCACCAAACAUGGUGCGAAGGAAGACCUUCCGCUGCGAGUCGUUUUUUGCAAAGGAGGUUCUCUUCUUUAAUAAACUGGCACCGAUGCUGCGAGAAUUUGAAAUAAAAAGACGUGGAGCCGAAAAAGUAGCCUCGGACCCUCUAAUGCCUAUUUCUGGCUGUUACUUCGCAAUGAGCGACGGCCUGAACGACUUUUUGGUUUUUGAGGAUUUGAAAGCCUUGGGCUACAACAUGACAGACCGAAUUUCAGGCCCAACCGAGGCCCAGAGAACGUCCCUGCUCAACACUUUGGCCCGAUUCCACGCCCUUUCCUACGCCCUGCAAACCCUGGAGCCGGAGAAAUUUUCCAACGCCGCCAAUCUGAUUGGCGAGCCGUGGUUUGCGCCCGAGUUUGCCAAAACCUAUGAAGGGUACAUGUACAAAAUGUACAAAUUGUGGCACAACACGGUGAAAGACGAACUUGAAGGUACCGAGUACCUGCGCAAGCUAGAAGCGUUUGGCAAAAACGCGCAAGUACUCUUUGCCAAUUUGUGCAAGUCUGUGAAGUUGCUGAACCCGUCGGUAAUAAACCACGGAGACACAUGGUCCACCAACUUUUUAUUUGACAAGAGUGACAAAGUCAUGAUGAUCGACUUCCAGCUAGUCAGAUACUGCUCGCCUAUGUCCGAUCUUUCAAUUUUCAUCUUUUCCUGCACCACUGAGGAGCAAAGGGAGGCAGCUGGUGGUAUGGACGCCCUGCUCAGAAAUUAUUACAAUAUUCUAUGUAACGCAGUUCAUGAACUGGGAGUUUCGAAGUGCCCAUUGACUUGGGAGCAAUUGCAAGACCAGUGGCGCGUCAACGGUUUGCUCGGAUUUUCAUGCGCUCUCGAGUUGGUUCCUCUUUCGCUGGUCGAAUCAGAGGACGUUCAAGAUUUGGACCGCAUGGAGGGCAACGAGCCAGUGGAUCUGGUCACGCUGACCCAAUUCAAAGACAUCACUGAUCCGCAGGGGAAAAAGCGCCUAUCGGACUUGACCAAACUAGCCGUUGACUAUGGAAUGUUUUAAGAAAUAUCAAAAAAUUGUAUUAUUAUUAUUAUAAUUUGUAAAGAAAAUUUAAUAUUAUUUAAGCUGAGAAUUGAAAAUAAACAUAAAAAGUUCAUGACACGA